GAGAUCUGCGGCGGAUGCCAGCGCGCCUGGAGCCGGGAAGGCCUCCGGAGGCAGCAGCGAGAGUGUCUUUCAGUGCGCCUGAGCGCCAGCCAAUAUUGAGGUCUAGCCCUCCGGCUCCGGCUACAAGGCCUCUGAAGCAGACUUGGUUCGAACGAGCUGAGGAGCAGCGUCUGCCCGUCCAAGACGUGCGCAGUCUACGCCUGCUGGAGAUGAGAAUGGAGGCCAUGGAAAGUCAAUUGAAGCGCCUGGAGGCAAAGUGUGGCCAGGAGCUGCUGGAAGACAAGCGACCUGCAGAGAUCAAUGGUGAGGAAUGGCAGGACCUGAAGGAGCAACUUUGGGAGGAGAUGUAUUCGAAGCUUCAAAGCGAGGUGGCAGUGCAAUCGGCCCGCCUGGCCAAAAAGACGGAGGAGCAGAUGGCAGCCGCUGAUAAGCAGCUGACGGAGAUACUCAGCAAGGCUCACAGCCUGCUGAUGCAGACCGUUACGCAAGUGACGGAGCAGUGCGCUCAACUGGAGGAGCAGUGCAUAUCCAGGUUGUCACGACGCAGCAGCCAGGUCUUUCAAGAGAUCAGGCAGCUUCAGGGUCCUCUCUCGGCACGGGGCCUCCCGGGCGUGGAGGCACGUCCGCAGAUCUUCACCUGUCAGCCGUUGGAGGCGUCGCCGACAGCAGCUUUGUCUCGGAGUUCAGGUUCGCCAGGCCGCCAAGGCCCCGGACGUCCCACUGAAGCGCCCAAGGCCUCAAGCCGGGGAGCGCCGUGCGAUGCCAGGUAUUGGGAAGGCCCGCAGGUACCUCCCAUCAUGAAUUGGGACCGUGCCCAGCGCACUCCGAGACCCGAGCCAGUGGCGAACCGCACUCCGAGGCCCGAGUCCGUUGUUAGCGUAGAUCCAAACGCAGUGGACGUGGCGAUGCUGGAGCCUGUCGCCACGCCGAGUCGGCGGCUGCCAGCUGGUGACAUAGGCAGGACCUAG